AUGGGAGAGGCGACGAGUAUCUCGUAUAAAACUACAGGUUCCACAUGGCUAAGUCCCCUCAGUGACAUCGUUGGAGUCCCCUUGGAUCAGGUGAAUUUCUUAGCCUGUCAGGCCUUCGCUUUGACCGCUGCCUUUUGGUUUCGUUUGUAUCUGAGCCCUCGGUCCGUCAGUCCAGUGGUCCGCCAUGCUGUUGCCACUCUUUUGGGGACGUCUUUUAUCAUUUUCUGCUUUGGCUGGUACUCAGCGCACGUCUUUGUUCAGGUGUUGGUUUGUUAUGGUAUCAUGUCACAAGCUGGAAUUCACAACGUACACAGGUAUUCGAUGGUCAUGGCGAUGGGCUACCUCACACUGUGUCAGAUCACCAGAGUGUUUGUGUUUAACUACGGGGUCCUGUCCACAGAUUUCUCAGGGCCUCUGAUGAUGAUCACACAGAAGAUAACCAUGCUUGCCUUCCAGCUGCAUGACGGUAUGUGUAAGAAGGAAGAAGAACUGACCCCAGAACAGAGGCGACUGGCAAUAAGGUCCAGGCCCUCUCUCCUGGAGUACCUUAGCUAUAACCUCAACUUCCUCAGUAUAUUGGUGGGUCCGUGCAGCACAUAUAAGGACUACAUCGACUUCAUCGAGGGCAGACACGCCCGGCAGCAGCUGAAGAAACUGUCGGGUUCUGGACCGAAUCAGAACGGCUGGGACAGGAUCCCAGACCCGUCACCUGUGAGGGCUGUCAUUUACAAAUUACUCAUCUGUGCCGUUUGUAUGUUCUGGUUUUUGACUGUGAGCAAAGCUUUCCCCGUCUCCUACAAUGUCGACCCACAAUUCAUCAGUGAAGCCCCUCUCCUGACCAGACUAGCAUACACCUUCGUCUCCGUCCAGGGGGCCAGGCCCAAGUUCUACUUCGCAUGGACUUUAGCGGAUGCCAUUCAUAACGCAGCGGGAUACGGUAUCAGAGGAGUGGAUGAGAAGGGCGAAGUGUCCUGGGAUCUCGUUUCUAAUAUACGCAUCUGGGAAAUCGAGACAGCAACCAGUUUCAAGACAUUCAUUGACAACUGGAACAUGCAGACUGGUGUGUGGCUCAAAUGUGUGUGUUAUGACAGGGCUCCACAGUAUCAUAUGGUGCUCACCUUUGUCCUGUCUGCCCUGUGGCACGGCGUCUACCCUGGAUACUACUUCACUUUCCUCACAGGAAUUCCCAUUACCAUGGCUGCUCGCACUAUGCGCCGAAACUUCCGCCACUAUUUCCUGCGGUCCAGAGCCGUGAAACUGGGCUACGACGUGGUCACCUGGGCGGCCACUCAGUUCACCAUCUGCUACACAGUCAUGCCUUUCCUAGUGUUGGCAGUGGAGCCAACAAUACAAUACUACAAGUCAGUCUAUUUUCACGUUCACAUCAUCAGCAUUCUGGCUGUGCUUCUCCUCCCCAAGAAACCCAGACACCCCAUCCAAGCCCAGACCCAGACCCAGAACCAGAACCAGAACCAGGAUCACACACAACUCUCCAAUAAUAACGUGAAAGGAGACUGA